AUGAAACAAAAAAAACCAAGGAACUCUAUUUCUAAAGCCAAUGUUGUUGAGGAUAAUGAUUGUCAAGAAAUAGCAGAUACAAGAACUGCUGAAGAGGAAUGGAGGCCUAAGCCUAGAAUGGUUGUUGAUUCUUUUGAUGAGGUUUUCCUAUACUACAAAAACUAUGGGAAUAAAAUGGGUUUUAAAGUUAUGAUAAGAUCUUCAAAGAAAGGAGUUGAUGGAGGGUUGAAAUACGUGAAAAUGGCUUGUUCUUGUAGUGGGAAGUUGAGCAAUGAAUCUAGAAAAGCAUUUAAUAUGCAUCUAGUGAUAAAAAUUGAUUGUAAGGCUCAUAGUACCACAUCUUUACGUUAUGAUGGAAAAUGGAAAAUAUGUUCAACUAUCUUGAAGUUGGCAGAGCUGAGAAUUUGUCUUUCCUACAGAAAGAUUGUAGGAACUACAUUGAUAAAGUUAGGAGGCCACGACUUGGUGUUGGAGAUGCUUUUGCAAUUCAAUUUUUUGAAGAUGCAAAAGGAGAAUUCAAAUUUCUUAUACAUUACGGAUUUAGAUGAAGAGUGUCGAUUGCAGAAUGUUCUAUGGGUGGAUGCAAGAAGUAGGGCUACAUUUAAAGAAUUUGGUGACAUCGUGACAUUUGCCACUACAUAUUUGACCAACAAGUAUGAUAUGUCGUUUGCUACUUUUGUUGGUGUUGAUCAUCAUGUCCAUUCAACAUUGCUAGGUUGUGGGUUAAUCUCUCAUGAGGACACAGAUACAUUUCUAUGGCUUUUUUAG